AUGGGCUUCUACGGGACCUUGAAGCUCAUCUUCAACAAGGUGAAGAGGAAGCUCGAUCACGUUCCUGAGGGUCGGCCGUUUUCAUCCGGGAAGAAGCAGUGCCGAGGCGAUGCUUACUUCAGUCCGUCCGACGCGGUCCAGAGCCCACCUGCCACCUUUGGGGAGUUGCGACUGGCCAACGGGCAUUCGGCUCAACGGCGGCGCGUCACCUCGGGCCCGCCCCCUUGCGGCCUGCAAGACUGGCUUCGCACGUUUCAGGCGUGGAGCGUUCCCGAGAGGUUGCUUGCGCUCGACCAGUUGAUCGACAGAUGUGAAACGGGGCAGGUCAAGCAUGUUAUGCAGCUCAUUGAACCGCAGUUCCAGAGGGACUUCAUCUCCCUGCUGCCGAAAGAGCUGGCUCUCUACGUGCUCAACUUCCUAGCGCCGCGAGACCUGCUGCAGGCUGCCCAGACCUGCAGGUACUGGAGGAUCUUGGCUGAAGACAACCUGCUAUGGAGAGAGAAGUGCCGUGAAGAAGGCGUGUCCGAGUUCUCAUCACCCCGGCGCAGGAAGUGCGUCAGGUCCGGCGCGGCGCUGGGCACGUGGAAGUCGACGUACAUCCGUCAACAUCGCAUCGAGAGCAACUGGAGGAACGGAGACGCACGGCAGGCAAAGGUGCUGAAAGGUCACGACGACCAUGUGAUCACGUGUCUCCAGUUCAGCGGCGACCUCAUCGUCAGCGGUUCUGAUGACAACACGCUCAAAGUGUGGUCAGCCAUAACUGGCAAGUGCUUGCGUACCCUGACGGGCCACACGGGCGGCGUGUGGUGCAGUCAGAUGGCGGUCACCACAGUGAUCAGCGGCUCCACCGACCGGACGCUGCGGGUGUGGGAUGCCGACAGCGGAGAAUGCGUCCACACUCUUUACGGGCACACGUCCACCGUGCGCUGCAUGCAUCUCCACGGCAACCGUGUGGUGUCGGGGUCACGGGACACGACCCUGCGCAUGUGGGACUUGGCGAGCGGUCGCUGCGAGCAUGUGCUGACAGGCCACGUGGCGGCGGUGCGCUGCGUCCAGUACGACGGUCGACGCGUGGUGUCAGGGGGCUAUGACUACAUGGUGAAAGUGUGGGACCCCCAAACGGAGGCCUGUCUCCACACUUUGCAGGGACACACCAACCGGGUGUAUUCACUACAGUAUGACGGCGUUUUUGUGGUGAGUGGCUCGCUGGAUACGUCUAUCCGGGUUUGGGACGCAGAAACAGGUGGAUGUAUCCAUACGCUGACGGGCCACCAGUCCUUGACCAGCGGGAUGGAGCUUCGGGACCGCAUCUUGGUAUCUGGGAACGCCGACUCCACAGUUCGUGUAUGGGAUAUCCGAACGGGACGUUGUCUGCACACCCUGCAAGGUCCCAACAAGCACCGGUCGGCGGUGACGUGCCUGCAGUUCUGCCGGGGUCUGGUCCUGUCCAGUUCGGAUGAUGGCACAGUCAAACUGUGGGACCUCCGUACGGGUGCUUGGCUGCGUGACGUGGUGGCGCUGCAGAGCUGUGGAUCUGGUGGCGUGGUUUGGCGCAUCAAGGCGUCAGACACCAGGCUUGUUUGCGCGGCCGGCAGCAGGGUCGGAACCGAGGAGACCAAACUGCUGGUGCUUGACUUCGACCUUGAGGAGCGGCAAACGGAUAAGAAGACACCGACCGAGUCGGACAAAGAUGACGUCGGGGAGGAUUUGAUUUGCUAG